CAGUCCGCUCGAGCUGUUCACUCGCAGCGGUUCCUCCAGGCCGCCACUGGCAGCAGCUCCUCCUCCUCCUCCUCCGCGAGUCCGCGGCUUCCCCACAGUUAGCCUGCGCUUCCCCGAGCAGAGCUGCGGUCUGUACCUCUGUAUUUCCCGGUUAACUGCGCGCUGCAGGGGUCUGUUAUCAUGUUUACAGUUUCGGAACUUAUGGUCCUGAUGGCCGCACUCUCCGCCACGGCGUCCGGCUACUUCGUGAGCGUGGACGCGCACGCGGAGGAGUGCUUCUACGAGCGGGUCAACUCGGGCACCAAGAUGGGCCUGAUGUUCGAGGUGGCGGAGGGAGGCUUCCUGGACAUCGACGUGGAGAUUACAGGUCCAGACGGAAAGCAGAUCUAUAAGGGAGACAGGGAGUCCAGUGGGAAGUACUCUGUGGCUGCACAUAUGGACGGCACCUACAAGUUCUGCUUCAGCAAUAAGAUGUCCACCAUGACCCCCAAGAUCGUCAUGUUUACCAUUGAUAUUGGAGAGGCUCCUAAGGGUGAUGGCAUGGAGACAGAGGUUGGUGGUGGCACCUGGGAUGCCCAUCAAAACAAGCUGGAGGAGAUGAUCAACGAGCUGGCAGUUGCCAUGACUGCGGUCAAGCACGAGCAGGAGUACAUGGAGGUCCGCGAGAGGAUACACAGAGCAAUUAACGACAACACGAACAGUCGAGUAGUGUUGUGGUCGUUCUUCGAGGCCCUGGUGCUGGUGGCUAUGACCCUGGGACAGAUUUACUACCUGAAGAGGUUUUUCGAAGUGCGGAGAGUUGUUUAAAUUGUGGUUUGUACUGUUUUGUAUUCCAAAGUGUCUCAUCGUUCUUUGGACUCAUGGGAAGAAUAAACAAGUAAAACUAUUGAAAAACAGGAAGAUCACCACCUCCUAGUCUGUUAUUUUUGAGACUAGACGUUGCCAGGCUGGCACAGUCUGCGAAUGCACUCUCCACUUCCUGUCAUGGUCCUGUGUACUAUUUUGUAUUUGCUUAAAGGUGCACUAAUUUAAGACUUUCCAAUUUUACAAAUGCUGUCCCUGUACUUGGUAAUGCAAGUUAAUCUAUGACGUAUGAAUAUUUUGAGCAGGUCUGAUCACACUUCACUAUUUUGUUGGUAUGUAGCAUUUGGAAAAGCAUAUGUCUGUGUUCUCAGCUGUUUACCAUAAUUGACAAGUUGGAUCACCACUGGACUCUUAAAAGGCCGCUACAGACACCACAGGACCGUUGAUGCUGAUGAAACAUUGUUAUUAAAGGUCAAGGUCUUUAAAGUUAAUCUAAUGACUUAGUGUAUCUUUAAAUCACUGCAGUUUAUUUCCUGAAGACAACAUUCUCUUUAGGAUAAGAUUUUCCUGCUCCCAUGGUUAUAACAACUUUGUGAUUGAGAGGGUUUUAAAUUUAAAUUUAUUUGUAUUUUUUGUAAAAUCCAUUUUUUUCUGCUGUUGGCUCUAAAUGCAAAUAAGCAAAUGCAAGCUACCUUCUUGCUUUUCUGUUACUACGAGAGAUUUGCGCUAAUGUUACGAGAGUGCAAAUAAGGGCACAAUAGACAAGUUACCAUGGUUUGAUUUUUCACUGUAAUGGUGGUGGUGUGAGCUUUUAUAUUGUUUUGUAUAUUACAUUCUUCCCAAUGAUUUCUGUGCCGAACAUGUGGCGUUAUCAGGUUUGUCAAAUACAGAAUUGUACAGUACAAAACAGUUCUCUCAUUGAAGUGUAUAUAAUAUGUCAAGCUUUGCUUCUUUCUUUUCCACUUUUUCUCAUCCGAAGCCCAGUUUCCUACAAUGCAGCUAGUCAUUGUAGGUAAUGGAAAAAACAUUUUUAUACUUUUUUGAUUUUUUUUUUUUUUUGGGUGGUGGGGUGUUAAAAUGGAUCAAUAAUAAACUCUGCAUUUGGGUAAAAGUU